CAUUUCUAUUUCUAUUAAUACAUGCCAAAUAAUCCAGCUUCCUCCUCAAAUAUCUCUCUGUCUCUAUUUCUAUUUUAGUUUUUGAAGAAUCAACUUCCAUAAUAUUUCAGAGAAAACAGAAACUGAAAAUUAAGCCACACAAAUAUAAGCACCGACUUUGGAGGAUAAAGAUUGAUUUUCUAAUUUUUUGGAUAAAUUUUAUUUUUUGAAAAUUAAUUUUUUGAGAAAUCAAUCAAUCAGAAAGAGAGCUUGACGCCUGAGCGAAUCGGAUCGAAUCGUAUCUUUCUUCUUCUUCGAUGGACUCUGAGUUCUGGACCUCCCGACUCGCCGCCGCCAAACGCCAGUACACGUUACAGCACCAUCACCAGAGCUCCCACUUUGAUCGGUUAAGCAUCGAUGAUUUCGAGGUUGAAGACGAGGUCCGACCCGCCUUCCCGUGCCCGUAUUGUUACGAGGACUUCGACAUCGCGUCCUUGUGCUCGCACCUCGAAGACGAGCACUCUUGCGAAUCUAAAGUCACCGUUUGUCCCAUUUGCUCUGUUAAAGUUGCACAGGACAUGUUAAGUCAUAUCACACUGCAACAUGGACAUUUGUUCAAGUUGCAGAGGCGUCGCAGGUUACGGAGAGUUGCUAUUCCUAACAGUCAGGCACUGUCCCUCCUUGGCCGGGAUCUUCGUGAGGCUCAUCUUCAGGUGCUUCUAGGGAGUGGUGGAUAUCGAUCAGACAAUGCUAAUGUGUCUAAUGCCGCUACCGAUCCAUUCCUGUCAUCGCUUAUUUUGAAUUUCCCUGCAUCAGGAGCAGAUGAAAUUGCAAAAUCUGUGGUAACCACUGCUGAGGACAUUUCUGCAAAGAAUGUGGCGCCAGCACAUAUUUGGAAAUCAAGUAUGGUAGAUAAAAUCAUCAACCUUGGUCAUACAGAAUGGAGUAUACACUGGCAAACUUUUGUUUGGAUCGGUGUGGUCAGACCUCUCCAAGUUUUGAUCCUUCAUUGAGUUAUGAAGAGCGGGAGAAAAGGAUUCGACAAGCUACUGGAAGAGCUGGUUUUAUGCAAGAUCUGUUCCUCUCGACACUGUUAGGUGACUAAUGGAGACAGUAAGUUUGUUUCUAGAAAAAUAAAAAUGAGUUAUUCAAAAUCUUAUGAUGGGGGUUCUUGUUGGGUGGGAUUCUUCUAAUGGUUUGAUCUUCAAAAACAACCCAAUACACAAUACCUGCCUCAUAUGAGUAUUUCAGCAGCAGCAGUAUGAGUGCUUGAUUAAAAUAACCUGUCUUUUAUUAAGCACCUUUCCUUCAGAUUCAGAAUGUAAUGCAGUCUGAAGAAACAUUGAUUUCUUUAGUUUAUGGAGAACCUUAAUUUUAUGAUAGUUAGCUUGUACAUGAUAAACAAACGGGUGAAUGUGUAAGUUUCCAGCAUAGCAAAAGUCUCAAUUGGUUCCAGUUGAAGCAGAUUAAUUGAA